AUGCCUCACUCAGAUUGUCCACCAUUGCCUACAGCUGGCACCCCGAGCUGCUUUCCCACCCCUGAACGGCCCGAGGGCGAUAAGGCGGAUUGCUUCUGGCAAACACACCACGAUGAGUUGCGUGACCACAGAUCAACCUCGGGGCUUCCCAGCCACAGCGACAUAGUGAUUAUUGGUGCUGGACUUGCUGGUGUCAGCACUGCCUACCACCUCACCAAAGAUGGUGGCUCAAGCAAGUCCAUCACAAUUCUGGAAGCGCGAGGCGCCUGCUCGGGAGCAACUGGCCGCAACGGUGGCCAUUGCAGACCCGACCUCUAUGGCCAUAUCCCAACAUAUAUGGACCGGGCCGGAGAUCGAGCAGGUGCUGAGAUCGCAGAAUUUGAAAUUGCAAAUCUCCGUGCAUUGAAGAAAGUCAUUGAGCGAGAGAGUAUCGAUUGCGAUUUCACUCUUGCACGUUCUGUUGAUGUUUGGUGUAACGAAGAGGCUGCCAAGAGUGCCAAAGCAGUCUAUGAUCGAAUGGUAGCCGCAGGCUUUGAUUACAUGGACGAUGUUGUCUUCUAUACUGGCGACCAAGUCGAAGGAAUAUGUGGCGUCAAGGGCGCAAAAGCAUGCGCAAGCUUCACAGCCGGCACGAUGUGGCCUUUCAAAUUUGUCAUGCACUUGAUCAAGAAGGUCCUCACACUUGGAGUCAACUUGCAAACACACACACCAGUCGAAUCAAUCACACAAGACACCCAAGGCGGAUACAUAUUAGACACACCUCGAGGCAGAAUACAUGCGGAUAAUGUGAUCCACGCCAACAAUGCAUACGUCUCGGGCCUCCUUCCCGAGUACGGCAAGAAUAUCAUCCCCUGCAAGGGUAUCUGCAGCCGCAUCACAGUCCCCGAGGGAGCCACAGCGCCGCUCCUCAAUAACUCAUACAUCAACCGAACCGAAGACAACACACUAUCAUACUUUAUUCCCCGCGCUGAUGGGAGCAUUGUCGUAGGAGGCGCGGCCAAACUAUUCCGGUCCCAUGAGGAGCAGUGGUACGACAAUGUGAAUGACGGUGUUCUUAUUGACUCGGCGAAAGAUUACUACGAUGGCUACAUGCAGCGUACAUACCGCGGCUGGGAAGAUACCGGUGCCAAGGUGGAUAAGAUCUGGACUGGUGUUAUGGGUUAUUCAUUUGAUUCAAAUCCACACAUUGGACACGUUCCAGAGAAAGACGGGCAGUUUAUUCUGGCUGGAUUCAAUGGCCACGGUAUGCCGGUCAUUUGGUUAGCCGCCCAGGAGUUGGCUAAGAUGGUUUCCAACGGCGUGCCGUUUGAAAAGACUAGUAUGCCACGUCUCUUCCAGACCAGCCAGUUCCGCAUCGAUCGUGCGCAGGCUGGGAAGGUAGAGGAUGGUGAUAUUCUGGGCACGGGGAAUUUUGCAGCUACUAAGCCUUAA